ACCGGUUAAGUCAUCGGUGUGCGACUUUUAGCACACGUUAUCGGCCUCUAAGUUGACGCGCGCCGCUGACCGGUACCGGAGUCAGGGCUUUUUUGAGUUUGUCGGCACAGGGAGUUAGUUCGUCGGAGGAAAUGGCGGACGCCUUCGGGGACGAGCUGUUCAGUGUAUUUGAAGAGGAGGCGCAGACGGCAAGCAACACGGCCGCCCAACCAGGGCCUGCGGCCAAGACCGGGAAGAAGAAUGUGAAGACGAUCACAGGAGCUGCUCCUGCAGCCAAAAGAGAGGCCGGCAGCAUGGAGGCUCCAGAGGAUUGCAUCUUUGGAAAGAAGAUAAAACUUGAACCUUCAUCAUCGGAUGAUGUCAACCUGGCAGACUUGAUGCCCAGGGUAAAAGUGCAAGAAGUGGAUACAGUUGAGGGCUGCACCCACGAGGUUGCUCUCCCUGCAGAUGAUGAGUAUGUACCACUGAGGCCACGGGUGGGGAAAGCUUCAAAGGAAUAUCCAUUCAUAUUGGAUGCCUUUCAGAAAGAAGCUAUUCUUUGCAUAGAUAACAAUCAGUCUGUCCUCGUGUCCGCUCAUACGUCGGCUGGAAAAACAGUGUGCGCAGAAUAUGCCAUAGCCCUCGCUCUCCGUGAAAAGCAAAGAGUUAUCUUCACCAGCCCAAUUAAAGCUCUGAGUAAUCAGAAAUACAGGGAGAUGUAUGAGGAGUUUCAAGAUGUCGGUUUAAUGACUGGAGACGUCACAAUCAACCCAACAGCGUCCUGCCUGGUUAUGACCACUGAGAUUUUGCGCAGCAUGUUAUACAGAGGCUCUGAGGUGAUGAGAGAAAUGGCCUGGGUCAUUUUUGAUGAGAUUCACUACAUGAGAGACUCUGAGAGAGGAGUUGUCUGGGAAGAGACGAUCAUCCUGCUGCCAGACAACGUUCACUAUGUUUUUCUUUCCGCAACCAUUCCCAAUGCACGUCAGUUUGCUGAAUGGAUCUGCCACCUACACAAACAGCCUUGCCAUGUCAUCUACACGGACUACCGGCCUACUCCAUUACAGCAUUACAUCUUCCCAGCCGGCGGGGACGGACUGCAUCUUGUUGUCGAUGAAAAUGGUGACUUCAGGGAAGACAAUUUUAACACAGCCAUGCAGGUUCUACGCGACGCAGGGGAGCUGGCUAAGGGCGAUCAAAAAGGCAGAAAAGGAGGAACUAAAGGUCCCUCUAAUGUGUUCAAGAUUGUGAAGAUGAUCAUGGAGCGCAACUUCCAGCCGGUCAUUAUUUUCAGCUUCAGCAAGAAAGAAUGUGAGGCUUACGCCCUUCAGAUGUCUAAGCUGGACUUCAACUCUGAUGAUGAGAAAAAGAUGGUGGAGGAAGUUUUCAAUAACGCCAUAGAUUGUUUGUCUGAUGAGGAUAAGAAGCUCCCACAGGUGGAACACGUUCUGCCUCUUCUCAAGAGAGGUAUCGGAAUCCAUCAUGGAGGUCUGCUCCCCAUUCUGAAGGAAACAAUCGAGAUUCUGUUCUCUGAAGGAUUACUCAAGGCUUUAUUUGCCACUGAGACGUUUGCCAUGGGUAUAAACAUGCCGGCCAGGACUGUCUUAUUCACAAGUGCUCGGAAAUUUGACGGCAAAGACUUUCGCUGGAUUUCUUCAGGGGAAUACAUACAGAUGUCUGGACGUGCCGGGAGACGUGGCAUGGAUGAAAGAGGAAUUGUAAUUCUCAUGAUUGAUGAGAAAAUGAGCCCAACUGUUGGAAAACAGCUGCUGAAGGGGUCACCGGAUCCUCUUAACAGUGCAUUCCACCUCACAUACAACAUGGUGCUGAACCUGCUGCGUGUGGAGGAAAUUAACCCCGAGUACAUGCUGGAAAAGUCCUUCUAUCAGUUCCAACAUUAUAGAGCCAUUCCUGGCGUAGCAGAAAAGGUGAAGAAAUUGGAGGAACAGUAUAACUGUAUUCAGAUUGCUAAUGAGGAAAGCGUCGUCACCUAUUACAAAAUUCGCCAGCAGCUUGCUAAACUCACCAAAGAGAUAGAAGAUUACAUCCACAAGCCCAAGUAUUGCCUCCCGUUUCUGCAGCCCGGAAGGCUGGUUAAGGUUAAGAAUGAAGAAGAUGAUUUUGGAUGGGGCGUGGUGGUCAACUUCUCCAAAAAGUCAAAUGUUAAGCCAAAUACUGGAGAUCUGGAUCCUAUUUAUGUGGUAGAAGUGCUGCUGAACUGCUGUAAAGAGAGCCUGAAAAAUGCUGCAACUGAAACGGCAAAGCCGGCAAAACCAGAUGAAAAGGGAGAGAUGCAGGUUGUUCCAGUUCUGCUUCACUUGCUAUGUGCGAUCAGCAGUGUGCGUCUAUAUAUCCCCAAGGAUCUCAGGCCCCUUGACAACCGGCAAAGCGUAUUAAAAUCCAUACAGGAGGUUCAGAAGCGCUUCCCUGAUGGCGUGCCCUUACUGGACCCCAUAGAUGAUAUGGGUAUUAAAGAUCCCGGCCUUAAAAAAGUCAUUCAGAAAACUGAAGCCUUUGAACACAGGAUGUAUUCUCACCCUCUCAACAACGAUCCGAAUCUGGAGUCUGCAUACAAACAGUGCGAGAAGAAAGCCCAGAUCGCAGUGGAUAUUCGAGCAGCCAGGCGGGAACUGAAGAAAGCUCGCACGGUGUUACAGAUGGAUGAGCUGAAGUGCAGGAAGCGCGUGCUGAGACGCAUGGGUUUUGCUUCGUCCGCUGAUGUCAUAGAGAUGAAGGGACGAGUGGCCUGUGAAAUUAGCAGUGCUGACGAGCUACUACUCACAGAAAUGAUGUUUAACGGACUUUUUAAUGACCUGACGUCGGAACAAGCGACGGCCCUGCUCAGCUGCUUCGUGUUUCAGGAGAAUUCAAGCGAAAUGCCCAAACUAACAGAACAACUAGCAGGACCUCUACGACAAAUGCAGGAAACGGCCCGGAGGAUCGCAAAAGUCUCAGCAGAAGCCAAGCUGGAAGUCGAUGAGGAGUCCUAUUUAAGUGCUUUCCGUCCGAAUCUCAUGGAUGUUGUCUACACGUGGGCCAAUGGGGCAACGUUUGCUCAGAUUUGUAAAAUGACAGAUGUUUUUGAAGGGAGCAUCAUUCGUUGCAUGAGACGUCUAGAAGAAUUAUUACGACAGAUGUGUCAGGCGGCUAAAGCCAUCGGAAAUACAGAAUUGGAGAACAAGUUUGCAGAAGGAAUUACAAAGAUCAAAAGGGACAUUGUGUUUGCUGCCAGUCUUUACCUAUAGCGGAAUGGAUCACAAGGCGUUUAUUUAUCGACGCCGUCAGCAGCUGGAGCGUGAGCUCCUCGGACAACAGAACCAACCAAGGCCAGAUGUUUGCUAUAAACUUUUUUUUUUAUGUUUUCAGAACAAGCAACGUUCAAGCGAAGCAAUAUAAUACAAGUGUUUGUACAUACCGUUUACACACGAUUUUAAUUAAAAAUUUUUACAAUUUCAUUAACACGUUUCAUUCAUUUGUAUAAGGGUCUGUGCACACUAGCGUCAUGUUACUUUCAUAACAGCCACGAUGGGCCUCAUUUGCUUCAAGGGGGUCUGUCCAGGUUUCCUUUUAGGGGUUUCUGGUAUUUUGUUGGUACUAAAGCCUUGAAGGAACGAUAACUAGUGUGAACAGAGCCUACCAAAGCAUAAAAAGGGUCGUCCAGGAUUAAGCAAACAUGGCUGCUUUCUUCCAGAAACGGUUUACUCCUGACUAUGGGUUAUCCAGUAGUGAAGUUUAGCGCCACUGAAGUAAACCGGACCUAUUUGCAAUACCUCACAUAACCUGUAGACAUAAGUGUGGUGCUGUCUUUUUGAAAGUAGUCAUGUUUUUUUUUUUUUAUUCUGUACAAUCUUUAUUUAAAGAAAAAAAAAUCUUUUUAAAGCUAUAACAUUAUACAUAAAAAUGUGUUCUUUAUAACUAUAUACAAAGUGGGCAUCCAACAGGUAUAGCAGCAGCUGUCCAUUGCACAUUUCGCUUACAUACAGGUUAGGCAGCCUUUCUGUCAUCCCUAUUAAUGAUUGUGAGAAUGCAGCAUCUUCACCAAUGCUGCAUUUUCAGAUCGAUUUGGGUCACAAAAUGGCUGCAUUGAGUGGUGCAAUUUAAAAGGCUUAAGUGCUAGAGUGCCAUGCAGGAUUAGCCCCUCCAGCACUAACGGGGUUAAAGGUUAAUUAAAAGGGAUUAAGAGAUUACACUCUUAAUACUGUGUAUAAGAAAGCUGGAUAUGUUUUUGUUUGAGACAGAGUGGCUUUCAAGGCUGGUGACUGCCGUAGUGGUUCCCGUUAGUUGACGUCUCAUGCAGAGUAGUGUGCGAAUCUUCUUCUUUCUGAUUGAGCCCACUUUUCUUGUUUUUGAAGAAAUCUGAGAC